GUCUACGGUCUUACAAAUCACUGUCCUGAUUUUAUCUGAGUCAAAUACCUAAAUGGCAAACGAGGCAGAAGAAACCGUUCGCAAAUUGUCUACGCAUAAAGGAGUAGCAGGGGUUAUUGUUGUGAAUGGCGAAGGUAUACCAAUUAAAACAACCCUUGAUAACCACGUGUCAGUUCAAUACGCUGGGCUGCUAUCAGCAUUGGUGGACAAAGCCAAAGCCGUCGUUAGAGACCUGGAUCCAACCAAUGACCUGACCUUCUUGAGGAUCAGAAGCAAAAAGAGCGAAGUUAUGGUCGCACCGGAUAAGGACUUCAUUUUGAUUGUUGUGCAAAAUCCUGUUGAAUGACGAAUACUUAUUUGUACA